AUGCCAUGCAAAGCACUGGCCCACACCCACAAGUGUGACUUGGUCUACCGCAUCGCUGGUUUUCAACGUGUCUACCUCGAAACUCUCACCAUGUUUGAUUUGCACACCAAAUGGGCAUUUCAUCUGAACGAGCCUACUGGGAAGAUCCACAAAGUGGACGAGUCCAUCAUGGGUGCAAUCACAGACAGUACAGAAUGCAUUGCCAUGCUCUACCGGGUUGGUGCACCUGGUUGGUGUGUUCGUCCGCCGGCGAACCUGUCAACCAACAUGAUUAUCCGCAUGAUUGUUCCACCUGGUUGGGAGAAGAUGCCGGUCAUCCGGGGGCGAUUGCCAAAUGACGUGGAUCCACGCGAGUUCACAUACAAAGAAUAUCCUGGGACACCCUACCCCACCAUCAUCACAGCAUGUCCUCGAAGUGGAGAGUAUGUUUCUGCAUGCCAAAAUUGGCGCGAGGGACAUUUUGGUAUCAUUGAUCCCCAGCCUGUUGUCAUGCACGCCGUCAGUGGCAUGGCUGUAGUGGAGUCUUUUACCGGAUCGCAACAACCCAAUGUGACACUCACCAAUGGCUCAUCUGGCGCCAAUGCGAACACUACUGCCCAAACAUCUGGCGUCAACACGAACAAUAAUGCUCAAACUUCCGUCAAUCAUACAAAAUUUCACAAGCCUGAACAUUCCUUUGUCCCCCCGCAAUCCCCCACAUGGAAGAAUGCCUUAGCGGCUGUGGAUACAAACCCAUGCCGCAUCUCUUCUAGCCUUUCUGCGCGUAAUUUGCGUGGCUAUCAAUUUCCGGACCCCUUCCUUUUCAUCAGUGGUAACCAUAAGAGAUUGAUGAUCUUGGCCUGGUUAAUGAUGCAGGAUCAGUGGCUUCAGUCCCUUGUCGGCGUUGACUCGACUCCACAACUGCCAUCGCCUCAACAUUGGCGCAGCUUUUUGCACGAUUUCGCGAAGAUAAUGCAGUUGGGAAAGAAGCCUAAUCCUUCAAAUCAACGUCGUGCACAAAAAGCAAAGGAGGCUCAAGGGUCCAUCUUCUCGAGUGCGGUGUCCAUUGGUGAUCGUCCAGGCACUGUUUACUGGGGUGACGUAGUGGCGAUGCAAGGAGAAACUGAUCAUCUCUCCCUUCUCAUGAUGGCACAGGUGAUCUGGAAUGCUUUCGAACAAAACCUUCGCUAUGAAGUACGCCAUCUCGAUCGCUAUCUUCUGCCCUCAGCGUGGACCUCCGAUUCUUCUGCUGGUGUCCGCGAGAAUUUAAUACGCAGCAUUUUCCCAGAGGACAGUGAUGGAGUUUUAGUUGCUGGGGUUCCUCUCUUCACGCAGGGUCUCGCGGCGGAAAAGUGGCAGGAUCGCUUGGCUCCUAUCCAUGUUGUCAUUGAUACUCUAACAUAUGAAUAUAUUGCCUCCAUUUUCACAUUUGUGUAA